AUGAUUGAUUGGAUGAGAUGGCACCGGAAUAAUCCAGAUCCAUCUGGUAGGGGUGGCAGACUUGGAAACAUUUCAAUGGAGGAGUUGAUGGAUCAUAAUAAAGAAGAUGACGUCUGGAUGGCUCUUAAUGGUCGGGUGUACAAUGUGACGCCGUACAUGGAGUACCAUCCGGGGGGCGUUGAGGAACUGAUGAAGGGAGCUGGUACCGAUGCCACUGAUCUCUUUAAUCAGGUGCACAAAUGGGUGAACUAUGAAACAAUGUUGAAGAGAUGUUGUGUGGGUUUUUUGACUUCUACAUCAACGACUUCAGCAGCUGCAAACCCACACAGGUCUUCAUCCAAUCCGACUGGUGAAAUUAAAAUUGCCUCAACCAAUUUUUCAAGUUCAUCUCUUUAUAGUCCCUCGCAGUACAGUUGGUGUCAAAAGAGUGAUACAGUUAUAAUAUCUGUGACCACGCAUAACGCCAGGAUUGUAAAAUCUCAUCACAUCAUCAUCGAUAAGAAUGGUUUAAACGUUAUCAUGCAUAUCAUCAUCAAUGAUUAUGUCUUCAUCAUCGAUAUCAUCAUACUGUCACCAACGUCUGUCGUUGACGAUGUUGAUGUCAUUUUCAAAAAAGUGAAUGUAGGCAGGUGUUGGUCUGUUCUCGGCACGAGCAAUGAUGGUGACGCCUGGUGGGGUCCUUUCAAUGUUGCCGAUUUGAGAUACAGAAAAUGUAAAAUUGUUGGUAAAAUUCAGUUGACCCACGACACAAACAUGUUUACUAUAGAGUUGCCCAGAGACACUAGAUUCCUUGUCCCUAUUGGCUGCCAUGCUUUCAUCCAAUUGGUUGUUGAUGAUGAUGAAAUUGAAGUUAGCUGCACGUACACCGGCCUAAAUUUUGAACUGACCUAUUUACAAAAGUUGGCAACGAAGUACGAUCAGGUCAUCCUGCUGGCCGCUGGUACCGGACUGACCCCAAUGAUCGGGGUUGUUAGGCAUUACCAUCGAUUAGUGGUUAGGAAUACUACAAUGCAUCUGCUAUCCUUCAACAAAACUGAACGUGAUAUAAUCCUCAGAGAUGAAUUGGGGUCCUUUGCUAGGAAAAAUAAAUGGUUUACUGUCUCACACAUCCUAUCAAGUCCGAGUGAUAAUUGGAAUGGACAGACGGGUAGAAUUACCAAAGAUAUUAUAAUGUCGGCCAUAAAAAAAGACAACUUAGUAGGUGGUGAACUCACAAACAAUCAAUGUUUGUUUUGUAUAUGUGGCUCAAAAGCGUUCUCUAACACAGCUGAAGGUCUUUUGAAAGAAGUUGGCAUUACAGACGACCAAAUGUACGUCUUUGCUGACUGAUGCGACCAAAAUAUAUCGCAAUGCUUCCGUGGGCUUGUUGGAAUUUGUUAUAACGUUUUAACUUCAUUGAAAUCAUGUCAUAUUUUAGUGAAAUUAUGAGAAAUUUUGUUUAAAUUGACAUUUCAAUUUCGACUCGUUUAAUUUAAAAUGAAUCAAUUUCGUUUAAUUUGACUCAAUUGUAAAAGAAUAUUUCUUAAUAAUAUGUUUUAACCUGCGUAGUCUUGUUUUGAUUCAUUUUUUAAAUUGAAUAUAAUUAUAUCAGUUUGUUUUGAAUGUAAUAUAAAGAAGUAACAACAGUUCAUUGGUAUGUUGUAUUUCUCUUUUUUCAAAUUUAUCAAUUCUUUUAUUUAUUUAUUUAUCUAUAUAUACCAAUAAAAUUUAGGAUAUAAAUUUGAAAAAAAUAGAUAAAAAAUAUCGUUUCAAGACAUCAUUCUUUUUUAAAUGUCGUUCACAGGGCAAACAGAUGAACCAAUAAAAUCUACAAACAUGAACACGUACGAACGAAUAUAAACAUACAUACACACAUAUCUCUGUGUACAAAUAUAUACACAAGUACACACACACGUACACACAAUAUAUAUAUAUAUAUAUAUAUAUAUAUAUAGCCUUAUACUAAUCAUGAUGACAAGUAGAUGAAAAGGAAUAGGAAAAAUAAUAACAAUUGAAAAAUAUAAAUGAUAACAUACGAUGGUUUUAACGGCGUAACUAUAAAAUGCCACGAAUAAAUAACUUGGAAAACCUUCCGAAAGGUACAAAACAACGACGAAUAAUAAAAAUAAUAAUAAAACAACGGCAACAACAACAACGAAAUAACGUAACAGUUGACGUGAACUUUAUCAUUAAAAUAACCAAAAGACAAAAUUAAAAGAAAAGAAACAUUUUAUCUAUAUAUAUAUGUCAGUCACACACAUAUAUAUAUAUAUAUAUAUAUAUAUAUAUAUAUAUGUAUACACAUAUACCAAGUAGCCAUAGUUAUAUAUAUAUUAUAUAUAUAUAUCUUUCUCUUAUAUAUAUAUGUGCGUAUAAAACAAAUACACACUCGUUUGUUCCUCCACACUCAUUCAUCCUCUCAGCCCAUUCAACUUGCACGUAAAAACACCUCAUUUAAUAUUACAUUAUGUCAUAUCUGAUAUCAUAUUAUAAUACAAUUUUUCAUCAUUAAUAAUAAAUAAUGAUAAUAUAAUAUAAGAGUCGCAUGUAGCAUUUAUUAUUAUAAUUAUUAUUAUGAUCAUUAAACUUCUGUUAAGUAUUUGUAGAACUUCAAAAUGUAGAUGUAUAUAUGCAGAAUGAAGUGUAAUUGUUAUUAUUAUUAUUAUUUAUUAUUCAUCAUCAUCAUUAUUAUUAUUAAUAUAUAGAGCAGUGAUUGUUGAACAAUUAUUGAUAUUAUUUCAAUCAGAGAUAAAACUCAUAUGUAGUAUGUUGUAGUAGUAGCAGCAGCAGCAGCAGCAGCAGCAGCAGAGUAAUAGUAGUAGUAGUAGUAGUAGUAGUAGUAGUAGCCAGCAGCAGUAAUAGGUAGUAGUAGUAAAUAUUAGUUAACUACUUUUAGCUUUUUUAAAGCCGGCGAAGGUUGUACUUUUAAUAGAAAAGUGUGUGUGUAGUAUUUUCUGUAGUAGUAGACAGCAGCAGCAGUAGUUGUAGUAAUGGUCAAAGUAGAUUUACUCAUUGUGGUAGUAGUGAAUAACAAUAAUGCUGCUCAGAAGUAGUGGCAGUAGCAAUGAAAUAUAAUAAAAACGUUCAGCCAGUCAGUAAAGCUUCCUCUUGUCGGAGCUGUGUGGUACAUGUUCGACCAGUUUGAGAAG